GUUGUCUAUAAAAUUGAGUAUGAAGAUUUACCCACAAUCUGCUUUGCGUGCGGUAAAUACGGACAUUUAUCGGAGUCUUGUCCCAAAUUCCCGGUGGCGACAAUGGAGGCAACAACUCCGGUGAAAGAAAAUCAAGCUCAAAAAAAAAAUGUGAUUCCACGGCAUCAAUUAACACUCUCAACCAACCUAGUUUGUCUGGACAAAAUCAAUUGAGCUGCAACGGCCAAUUGAAAUCGGAGAAUGGAUGCAGGCACCGAAGAGAGUGUGGAGGGGGCCACCUAGGUCUGCGCUCACAACGGCUACUGACAAGCAACGGCAUAAAAUCGGGGCAAAAAUGGAGUCCUUCGCGAGUCAGUCAAAGUUUGCCCCAUUGAUAAUCGAGCACAAUGACGAGGAAGUCAACUUGGUUCAGAAUAGCUCUAAUGCAUUUAAGGGUUUUGAAAUGGGCCAUCCAUCCACUCAAGUUUACAAGCCCAAACAAGGGUGUACUACAUACAAGAGGAAGAAUGAGGCUAGGGAGACAACAGUUUAUUCACCCAAGCAAGAUACGAGUAAGCCCAAUAGCGUAGAAGCCCAAACGGCCCCAGCCUCAACAAGCAACCAUCAGAUAGUUGAAAAAGAAAAAAGUCAAAAAACAGAUGAAGCCAUUGUUGACACCACCAACCAUGGCCAAGGGAAUCAAUCAAGGCAUGUGGCUAUCUCUCAGCCUAUUCUAAAUGGUCAAAAUCACACGGUAGUACAUAUCCCUGACCCGGUUACAGGUUUAACGGCUUUAACUCACCGGAUGUCCAAGACAAACCGUCCUCCCCCUAACUAAAAAUCAAGGGAUGGAACUAAUGCUUUCAACAUCAAAUCCAAAUUCAAAGUCAAUGGCAAAAAAGAGAAAAAUAAGGAGGCUAUUAUGGCGGCUCUAGAGGACCUUGAAGAUUUGGAUGACAACCAAACUGAGGAGCACCUGAUUGAGAUGGAUAAUAGGCGCUUCUCUGAUCAGGAGGAGGAACCUCCUGAUACCGCCAGGUAGAUAACUAAAUUUUCAUACAACCAUUAACUGAAAACAAGCUUAUUAUUUUGAGAAUUUUGGUAAAACAAUGAAGAA